UCAUCGUCGAGUCGCGUUCCAUUCUGUCUCGAGCUGGGAGCAGGACAAGAAUUCAGAGCCCUUUUACCGUCCAACCUGCUCAGCAUUGCGGGCCAGUGUCGAAGCUCGCUCUGAUCUCUUGUAUUCGUGGACGCUUCGAGUUUAUCGACGUCGUCGUUGAACGCGAGACAAUGGGGGAGGCACUGGAUCCGUACUACGUCCGCUGGUUCAAGCGGUCCACCUACAUUCUGCGGAUGCUGGUGGGCUAUUCGGCGCCCCUCUUUUGCGUGCCGCUCAUCGAAGUCGACGACAAGAGUCUGCGCUGCCUGUACGUGCUGAUAGUGACGUACGAGCAGCUCUUGUUCGGCACCGUGCACCCAGGCGUCGCCAGCUUCCUACCGUUCGUGUAUCUACCGCUACUCGAGAUAGACACCAUGUCUGAAGUCUGCAACAAUUAUUUCACGGAGCUCUUCUUCACGUGCUUUGGGCAGCUGGCGUACACGGCUGCCAUGACGACGAGCGGCCUGUGUCACCGGCUCGCACUCUGGUCGCUUCGACACAUGGCGUACGGCAUCGAGCUCGGGAUAUUCACCCUGAUGGCCGUCUCCAUGGCCAUCUCCUUCUGGGUGGACAACGCGAUCGCCACGCUGACCACAGUGUCCGUGGUCAACGAGACGUUCGGCAUCAUACAGCGGAACACCUACAUCCGCAUGACGCAGGACGCUUCCUUCAGGGAGCUGAACAUGAGCUCUAGCAAUAGCGGAGAAGACAACAUCCCUAUUACAGAAGAGUUGGCUGACGAAUUCACGAAGUUGGACCGUAUGCGGCAAACCAGCUUGAUUGGAGUCGGAUUUUGCGCCACGCUAGGCGGCAUGGGAUUACUGUCGGGUCACGUGAUCAACUAUUACCUCCUCGGCUACAUUAGAGAGGAAUACGGCUCGCUGGUCAUCACUCCGCUGUCUUGGUGUGUUUUCCACCUUCCACUGUGCUUCAUGCUACUCGUAGCCACGUGGGCUGUGCUUCACUACCUCGCGCUGGGCAACUCGGUGGCAUCGAGAUACCGAGAGCAUAUCGACGAAGACUUACAGAAGGCCAUCGACGAGCAAGUCGAAGCCCUAGGCCCGCUGAAGCUUCACGAGGGCGGCGUGCUCUUGAACUACAUCCUGCUGAACGCCCUUCUCUUCCUGGGCAGCAGGUUCACGCACGAGCUCAGCAAGCGUUCCGGCAUCUGGUUCUCGCACAGUGCCCUGUGGGUGGGCUUCACGAUCGUGCUCUUCGUGUUUCCGGCCGAGUCGAUGACGCAAUGCGACCGCGGUCGCCGGUUGCUCACGUGGACCGAGCUGAACAACAGCAUGCCCUGGUACACCCUGCUGCUCGCCAACACUUGCGUGCUGCUCAGCACCUACUUCCGAACGACCGGCCUGCAGCAGCUCAUGAGGGACGAAGUUUACGAACGCUCGCUGCCCAGGCCGCUCUACGUGCAGAUAAUUAUUUCCGUCGUCACGUCGGUCAUGUGCGAGCUUUGCCAGAACACGGUCGUGGUUGCCAUCUUCGCACCGUACGUUACUCACCUGGACUGCCGAGGUGCUUUUCCCAUCGUCAAGUGCACCUACUGCCGAACAGAAUUCCAACAAGAAAGCGGGAAACUCGGAACAGUGGUCAUCUGCAAGAAGUGUGAGCAGAAUGUGAAAGCCUAUGGAAAGCCGACAGCAUGCGAAUACUGCAACAUCAUAGCUGCUUUCAUCGGUAGCAAAUGCCAGCGAUGUACCAACUCCGAGAAAAGAUACGGACCUCCUGUGAGCUGCGAGCAAUGCAAGCAACGCUGCGCUUUCGACCGUAAGGAUGAUAGUCGCCGAAAGGUUGAGGGCAAGCUGCUCUGUUGGCUGUGCACGUUGUCAUACAAGAGGGCCGUGGCCAAGACCAAACACAAUGACCCCAUGCGGCAUACGGCACUGGGCAAGGCCACCUUGACAUCGCACCACAGCCACCACCACCAUGGCCAUCACCACCACGGCCACCAUCACCACCGGUCGUCAUCAGGCUCUGCUGCUGGAAGUACCAACACGGCUUCCUCCGCAGGACAGAACCAUCACCACCACCGGAAGCACUCCCAUUCUUCAUCGUCACUCUCGAACCACAAAGUUGGCAGUGAACACGGUAGUGUCAAAAGGCCACGGCUGGACCCAGCUAAGUUGGCCAAUGGAAGUACCCCUCUAAGGAGCACGCCAGAGACUAGUGGUUUGUUGGACCCGAACAGCAGCGAUCACGUAGUGGUGUUGACACAGUUGCGUGAGCAGGUCUCCUCCCUGCAGAAGCAGCUGAGCCUCAAGGACCAGCAGCUGCUUGCCAAGGACAAGCAGAUUGCAGAGCUCAAGGCUCACAUGUCUUCGGAUGAACGCAAUCAUCGAUCAAAGCUGCAGGCAGAGCAGAAGAAGCACUCGGAAGUGGUCCAAGACCUCACGAACAAGCUGCUGACACUGCAGAAACAGAUUGCAGCCAAGGCCAAGAGCAAUCGAAAGAACACAAUGGCAACAGACAGCCCGUCUUCCCUGAUCACAUGACGGAAGUCUCCCACAUUUUGUCUCCCACUUUCUUUUCCCAGCUUAACUGGAAAAAGUGGUCAUUAUCCAAUUUCUUCACCAUCGCUCAUCUUUGCCAUUUUAUUUUCCUUCCCCCCUCCUCUCCCCCCAGCCCUUUAAAAGCAGGCGAUAUCAUCUCAUCUCUGUUUCUUUCUUUAUUUUUUUAAUUUUUAAGAUUUGUAGCAGUUGUGCGGGAUUUUGUUAUGAAUGAUGUGCAACCCACAUUUAGUUGGGUGCUGGUUCUCGAAUCAUGUCCUAAGGUGAUUGAAAUGGCAGUGGAGUACUUUGAUGUUUCAACAGCCCAGCUCAUGGAGCAGAAGUCUUCAGCUGCAGAAUCUCGGCACUAGCUUUUACAAUCGUGGGCCAGUUGCUUGCAGCCUUGUCCGGCGCGAGAACAGGUUGUCUUUUCUUUAUUACCCCUCCCCCUCCCCCCCCCCCCAUGUGUACAUGUGUUUAUUUCCUGUAGACAUGGUAAAUGUUCAGAUUAGGCAAGUAGUCACAUGUACACGUCCAAGGUCGCCAUCGACCAGGCACGACACAUUUGGCAUGUGCUGUAUCACUUUGUGAAUGCGUUUGCCACCAGAGGCACAAAUUAACUAUCAAAAAGGGUUCUAUUGCCUUGCAAUAACGUGCAUGCCUGCACGUUUAGUGUGGACCGAAGGGCAACCUAAUGAAAUUCACGUAGUGGCUCCACAGAUCCAGUGUACGUACUGUUGCAUUCUUAUCUGCGGCCAAGACUUAUAUGACACUAAUGAUCCAUGACAGAUGGACACUCUUAAAUUUUGCAUAGAUUGUGUACAGUAAAAAAAUACACUAAUAAUGGUUGCUGCUGGACUUUAUGUAGUUGGGAACAGUUGUGCCUGGUUCAUUAGUGUGGUGAGUGACAACUACACUGGAUAACGGUGACUUGUAGGGUUGCUGUCGUUUCAGGCUUGGAUCAUCUUGCAUUUCUUGCCUAAGUAGUGUAUGGGAGUUUCAUCUUUGUUUAGAUGCCCUGUACCGGUCUCGUGGUAGAAUGUUUUCAGUGGUUCUGGUCUGUAAUGACAUUUUCUGCUGAGGUUUUCAGUGGCAAUUAGGCCUGGAUACCCGAUUUCAGGCCACCACUAAAUUAAGAACGUGCAAGUUAUGUACUGCUUUUUAUCCAUUUAUUCUGGAAGGGAGGCGGCCAAGAAAGUUUGAGUGUGUCAAGGAGAGUAGUAUGUACUCCAUUGCCAUACUGAGAUGCUAUCGUUUGGGUUUUAAUGGUGGCAAGUCAACGUGUGGUGAUUUCUUUAGCGCAAUUCAGCGCCAUACUGCCAGUACUGGCAAGCUGUAGGUUUUUAGUCGCUCGUGUGGAGCCUUCAGGCCCACUUCAUCUUGCUGUUGUUUUAGUGGAAAGUCCACAUUUACACACGCAGACAAGAAUCAGUUUGCAUGAAAUGAUAAUUUCGUAAUGUGUUUUUCUCUCGGAAGCAUUGAGAUCUCUAUUGAGAGAACCCGCAGUUCACCUGGUGAUUUUAUUUUUUUACAAAGUCUCUUUUUUUAAGUGUGUACUGUCAAAAUCAUUUCCAUUCUUGUUUCGUAUAUCUUGUGGAACCUCUUUGUUAAAAUAUGUUUUGCUCGAAGCAGGCUGGCAGGAGUAGAAUUGAGCGAUUUGGAAAUGUCGUGGUAUUAGUACUUUUCAGCGGGCAAAGUGGAGUACCCAAGUGUUUCUUUUAAAGAGCACUGUUGCAACAGCUUGGUGAUGCCACAAAUAUUGACAAGAGCUUUUGCAACAGUGCUGUUGGAGCAAUUCUGAGUAAUCCUGUAUGCCUGCUGAAAAAAAACGCCACUGGAAAGGCAUAAAGAAUUGGUUUGUGCAAGCAUUACGUGUGUCAGCAUGUGCCAUGGAUUGUGCUACUUGGUUGUGUCAUGCAACUGUGAGUGGCGGUCUGCUUCAGCAGUCAUCUUGCAAAGUUUGUUUGCAACACUGUACAUUCUAAAAAUGGUAAAAACAAUAAAUUUAUUCAGCAAGA